AUGACAGACUCGCCGUCACAGCGCCCCGUCCAGUCGUCUGGAGCGACAGCAUAUCGUAGAAAUGUGCGGGACUAUCAGUUCGGCACACGCAUCGGUGAAGGUUCAUACUCCACAGUAUAUCUGGCUGUAGACUUACAUAACAAGAAGACAUACGCAAUCAAGGUUCUUUCGAAGAAACACAUUGUUCGCGAGAACAAAAUCAAGUAUGUCAACAUAGAGAAGACUGCGUUGCAUCGGUUGGGCCAGCAACACCCCGGUAUAGUACAGCUAUAUUACACAUUCCAAGAUGAACAGAAACUAUACUUUGUGUUGGACUUUGCCGAAUACGGCGAGCUUCUUUCCAUUCUCUCCAAAUUCGGAUCGCUACUGGAAGCGGUGCUGAAGUUCUACAUGCUUCAGAUCCUAGACGCUGUCAAGUUCAUACACCUGAAGGGCAUGAUUCACCGAGACUUGAAGCCCGAGAACAUUUUGGUGGGCUAUGACUUCAAUUUAAAAAUCACAGACUUCGGAACCGCAAAGUUGCUUGGCUCAGAUGAAGACGAUGCACAAGAACGGAUCGACUAUGACGCUGUGCCAGGCGGAGUUUCCCAGCCUCUGAAGGACAGAAAGACAUCCUUUGUGGGCACGGCCGAGUACGUGCCACCUGAACUCCUCAAGUACAAUGCUUGCGGAUUUGAGACAGAUAUAUGGGCCAUUGCGUGCAUUUUAUAUCAGUUCUUUCACGGACUGCCUCCAUUCAAGGGAGGUUCCGAGUACUUGACAUUCGAGAAAAUCAUCCAUAUAGACUAUGUGUACCACAGACAAUUGCCUCCAAUGGUAAAGGAGAUUAUUGACAGAACAUUGGUUUUCUCUCCACAAGACCGCCCCAGCAUCUCCGAAAUUCAGGCUAUGCCAUGGUUCGCUGGAGUACCAUGGAACAACAGAGAAUAUUUGUGGAACCGUGCAGCUCCACGGUUUGAACCAUAUGUUUCACCAAAUCAAAGUUCUAGCACUCAGCAAUACUCCCUCCCACCUCCACAGCUUAAAAAUGGCUCAAACCGCCAUGCUCACAAAUCGAACUCUAACUUCAUGCUUCAAUCUCAAUUACAAAAAUCGGACAACUUGUUCCCAUCCAUCGGGGCCAAAAAAACUUAUCAACCAGCCACGCGCGUUAACCAAGUUCCAGCAUCACCAUCAACUCCGAAAUUCCAAGGAGCCCACAAUCAAGCACAAUCUCCCAGCCGCCAAGAAUAUUCGUACCACUCUCAAGGAUAUCAGUCGGAUCAAUACGGCAAGCCACAGAACAUGAAUGGGCCACAAUUGCUUGCAUCUCCUAGUAGAAAUUUUAAGAGCGCGGCGCCACCAAGUCCAUACAAUGGUAACAAUUACGUAGCCCAACCUGAACGACAAAUUCCAGGGCCAAAUGGACUCGUCGGAGUCUCGAACUCACAUUUGCAGGCUCAGCACCUGGGAAGACAAGACACCGCUUUUCAAAUAGCAAAAGUUGCUUCGCAAGCUGUCAUGCCUCCAUUGGAAAAACAAAUGUCAGAGGCCACUCUUGGUCCUCCCCAAUCGCCGGAAAGAAAAGAUUUGAGACAGAAUACUGCUUUUGCAACCCUCAGUCGCCAAAGCCCGACCGCAGAAGCUAUUCCGGAUUCCAAGAAACCACCAGCAGCUAAAGUGAGCCCAGAUUUCCAUCCUACAAAUUCAGAGGUACAACCCAGACGCCUUGUCAAGCCUCGAAGAGAAAUUCCACAAACAAUGAUUACCAUCAAGGAAAUUACCUCAUUUCUUGAGCCAGACGAAAAGAUUGUCAAAUUAGACUCAAUCCUCAAGCUUCGAUUGAAAAACAGUUUUAUCCGGAAAAAGUCUGGUAAUCUCGAUAAUGAAAGUACAGAGAAAAUAAUUGAACAGAACCAAAUCACUCUUGACUCAGACAUGAAACCAGUCGUAGCAUGUGUGUCCAACAAGGCUCGCCUCUUCUUGAUUGAUGGUGAUCUUAAUGUCUUGAUGAUUGAUUUGGCAGCCAAUAAGGGUCAUGAUUAUCUGAUGUACGACUACGAGUUUGAAAGUGUUUUUGUUGACAGCGAUGAUAGCGAUGGCGAGCAAGGAGAAGAUGUUUUUGGGUACUUAAUUAUUGAAAUGAUCCAGGAGAAUGGCGAUCUUGUCUUCUUGAAACGGUUUAGCGAAGACAGUCCUCCUGAACUUCGCAAUUCUGUUCGGGUGGUGGGAGCCAAUGGUGAUACAAUAAGAAUCGGUAGCGAUCUCGGAUGGAUCGAUUGUCUCAUUAGAACCAAAAAGAUUAUGGACGACGAAAAAUUGCAGCAAAGGACGGCACCAUUAGCACCAUCAGCACAGAAUAAAGGAUCAGCCGGAUCCUCAACAACGAAAAAAGCUAAUGGGGCGCCUGUCACUCCAAAGUUGGGGAGCAGUCCACAAUUAAACAAGAAAAAGAGCCCGACCGAAAAGAAGGCGCUCAACAAUUUUGCAUUAGCAGCGGCUGCAGCUGCUCAUAGAUAG